AUGCCUCCAUUCCGCAACUUAUGGAGUCGAAAACCCGCCGCAUCGGAUGAUACCGAUCCCAAGUCCAAUAAUGAAAAUCAGCGUCCUCGCCCUUCCAUCGAGAGCCAACGCAGUGGGCCUUUGAGCUUUCGAAGGAGCAGGGAGGAGGCUCCCAAUGAAUAUAAAUUGAGCGCUGACAAUCGGUAUCUGCACUCAGUGGUCAAUGACAGCGGCGUUUACCUUCCACCUUCACCGCCGGAAAAGCAGAGUUUCUGGCACAGAUAUACCAACUCCUCUGCGUCGUCGAACCAUCGAAGUUUAGUCAAUGAAAAUGAACCAUUCUCGAUUUCUCGCGAGUCAUUCGAUUCGUACAGACGCUCAUUUGAUAUCUCGGCCAAGUCCCCGGUUUCUCAGGUUGACCACCUCCCUCCCCGCACAUCCCUCGAUUCUCGCUUUCCUCGUGCAAAUGCGCGCUCCGCAAUUAAUGGAAAUACAUUUGAACGACCACAGUCUAUGGAAGAAGAGACAUUUGAGGAUGUUGGGCUAGCAGAUGAUGAUGUCAAACCGAAGAAGAAGGGUCUCUUUGCGCGCUUCAGUGAGACAUCGACAGAUGCGCCAUCAUCUGGAAGCAAUAGCCGACAAUCCUCAACGCAUCUGGGCUUCCGUCUUCCCGGCAGGAAGAGGGACCAGAGUGGCCAAGAUGCAGAGCUAAGCAACAUCAAGCCACAAUCUCCCGCCACCGAAGUGGACGGCUCUGUGUGA